CCAGGUAGGGCGCACACAAAACCAGCGCGAUCCGAGCAGCCAUUGCGGAGCAGAGCCCGGGGUCUCGGACUAGUUUGCAUCGAUUCUCACGCAAUUUAAAGGCCACGGGACACAUAAAAGAGAGUCCGAACCCGGCACUGAUCUCUCCGUAGGUUUGGGGUCACUGGGGUCUUGUCUUCUCUGUCACCUGGAGUUGAGAUCUGGGUUUUUUUUUGGUAUUGGGGUGGUGAGUCUGUAGUCUUUCGUUGUUAAAAUGACGGUUAAUCCCGAUAUUCUGGUGCUGUUAUUUACCACCACAUCUGGUGCAAGUGGGGACCGGUUGGGAUCGGACGAAAAGGAAGUUGUACAGUUGGUUUGGCAAGUUGUGGAUUUAGCGACUAAAAAGGUUGGCCAGGUACAUGAACUGCUCGUCAGACCGGAGAACAUUGAGCUUACCGAAGAGUGUCAGGAGGAGAGCGGACUCACCGAGGAGGCCUUGACAUCUUCUGCUUCUCUUGAGGAGGCCAUCGAUGAGUUGAAUCAGAGGUUAUGUGCAGAGGUGGACACCGGUGCAGGGAACACUUUCUGUUUCUGUACUGAUGGACAGUUGCAUGUGCGCCAAGUUCUGCAUCCUGAGGCUUCCAGCAAGAAUUUUUUGUUGCAUGAGUGUUUCUUCACAUUUUUCGACCUACGGAAAGAGUUCAAGAAAUCGAAACAAUCGGAAGGGGACUUGAAUGACUUAGAUCUUCAGGCCAUGGCUGACCACCUGAAUGUUGUUGUAGAUUCUUCUCUUCAUGCGUUCACCGCACACAAAGUUCAGCUGAUGUCAGAAAUCGUUUUAGCGCUCAUCUCUGAGCCUACCUGCCAUACAUUCUCCUGCCCUGAAAAAGUGAACGACAAGUUCGAGACUGGCACUUGCAGUAAGAUGGAAAGGGUAGAUGAUAACACAGUGAUCAGAGCUCGAGGACUUCCCUGGCAGUCCUCAGAUCAGGACAUCGGCCGAUUCUUCAGAGGUCUCAACAUCGCCAAAGGAGGUGCUGCGCUGUGUUUAAACGCUCAGGGGAGGAGGAACGGAGAAGCACUUGUGCGGUUUGAGAGUGAGGAACACCGAGAUUUAGCCCUGCAGAGACACAAGCAUCACAUGGGCUCCAGAUACAUUGAGGUUUACAAGGCAACAGGGGAAGACUUUCUAAAGAUCGCAGGAGGCACCUCAAACGAAGCGGCCAAUUUUCUUUCGCGGGAGAAUCAGGUCAUCAUCCGCAUGCGCGGGCUUCCAUUCACCGCCACGGCGGAGCAAGUUCUGCAGUUCUUCUCCCCGUCCUGCCCCGUGACCGACGGCAGCGAGGGCAUCCUGUUUGUGCGCUUUCCCGAUGGCAGGCCCACGGGGGACGCCUUCGUCCUGUUCUCCUAUGAAGAACACGCUCAAAAUGCUCUGAAGAAACACAAGGAGAUCCUUGGCAAGAGAUACAUCGAGCUCUUCAAGAGCACUGCUGCCGAGGUGCAACAGGUAUUGAAUCGAUAUUCAUCGGCCCCAUUGAUAUCCAUGGCACCUUCCCCCAUCCUAUCCAUGGUGCCUCAACCCACAUUCAUGCCCCCCGCUGCAGCUGUAACGGGUGUCCGCGACUGCAUGAGAUUAAGGGGUCUGCCUUACGAUGCCAGUAUCCAAGAUAUAUUGAUUUUCCUGGGGGAAUACACUGCGGACAUCAAACCACACGGAGUGCACAUGGUGAUCAACCAACAGGGUCGUCCAUCUGGUGAUGCCUUCAUCCAAAUGCGUUCGGCCGACCGGGCGUUUCUGGCCGCCCAGCGCUGCCACAAGCGCAGCAUGAAGGAGCGUUAUGUUGAGGUGUUCGCCUGCUCCGCUCAGGAGAUGAACAUCGUGUUGAUGGGGGGGACGCUCAAUAGGAGCGGCCUCUCACCGCCGCCAUGUAAGUUACGACGUCUGUCGCCUCCGUCGUAUUCAUUUCAUCCCGGGACGGUCCUUCCUUCUGGGGCUGUCCUUCCAACGGGGGCGAUGCUACCUGUGGAGCAGUCAGCUAUGUACCCCUCCCAGUUUUUACUGAGUCCCCGCCCCCUGGGCCAGCCAACAGCCUUCUACCCUGCCAAUAAUCCAUUAUUUAUGAACUACACUGCCUAUUAUCCAAGCCCCCCUGGCUCCCCCCCUAACAUCAGCUACUUCUCAACCGGCCACACCCCUUCAGCUGGCUCAGUCCUCUCAGCCCCGCCCACAGCACUGAUACGAAUGCAAGGUCAUGCCCAUUCCCACGCUUACAACAGUGGAGUUAAAGAGAUCCUCAGCAUGGUACAUGGAUAUCAGCCUGGCAACAGCGAUGCCUUGUUAACUCUCCCCUCUGUGCUAUCAGCCAAGCAGACUAUUGGUGACCAGACACUUGGAGGCGGGGCCUAUCUUGACUUGCAGCUGCUUUAAGCCAAUCUAAUCGCAGUGUGGAGCACGGAUUCACAAAACCCCCUCAAAACAAAGCAGUUUAUGCCAUUCCUUAGAUAGCUAUUUAUAUAUGAUAAAAAAGAUAAAUAUAUGUAUUUUGACAUUUUAAUGUAUAUUGCACAUUGUUUUUUUUAUGCAUUCGAGUUAAUAUUCUACUCAUGAGUUUUGUCGCUGAAGUCAAAUGUGUGUUUGUGAGAGUUUGUAUGUUUGUGUACAUUAUACAUGCAGAGAUGUUCACUCAGGAAAUAGCUCCUCAACCCAGGUUCAAAAAAUUUUACCCGCUGCAUCAAGACUUCUCCCGUACCAUUUAAGCCAAAGGACAGAAAAAAGUGUGUGUGUGUGUGUGUGUGUGUGUGUUAGUGCAUGUCUCUCCCUAUUGAUGUGACUCUACCAUAAGUAUGUAAAUGCGUAGAGACCUUCUCAAGCCUUUAUCCUUUUUCUUUGAAGGUUUUAAUUUGCAUGAAGUUCAACGAGCUAGCUGUUAUAAUAUGUUUACAAGAGUCGCCGUGCACAGCGUAGUGUAUGGAUAUCUGCAACUUGUAGCUCUACAACAGUCAUUUCGCCAAAAUUGCUCAGAAGCUGAAUCAGGAACAACUGUCUGCGUGUGGUGUAUACAUCAAAAGUGUGUAUUGUCCUUACCCAAUCAAUGUACAAAAUAAUAGAGAUGCGCUAGUCGACGUGUGUAUGUGUAGCUGAUGUAACCCGAUUGAUGAACCUGUGAGGUGUGUGUGCCAUCAUAAGCACCAUAACCAAAUGCAUGUGUGAUUUUGUUUUUACUGCACUCAGAGAGUGUUUUGGGCCUGCUGUAAUGCACACAGGUGUAUUUUCACCUAUUGUCUGUGUAUUAAGGAGAGUGUUUGUGUGCAUUUGAUGGAAUGUGAACAGGUUGAUUAUUUUAACUACAGCUGUAUCCCGUACCCUCCUGUUUGUCGUUUAUUAUACUCUGUGCUUUUUUUUUUAAAUACUAGCAUGUUUAGGCUUUGAUGACCUGUAGGAGUAAAAUGUAUGACAGUAAAAUAGUCAGUGUGGUUUAUUUGUACCCAGACAUGCCAACAAGCAGUAAAUGUGCAACACUACUGUCCUCAUUGAUGUUACCAAUCUGUUACCAAUAUAUCUCUGGUUCAUAAAUAUGUGUAGAAAAAGAAGGCAAAAAAUGGUUGUUUGGAGAAAGUAUUAUUUUAUUUUGAUGUUUUGUUAUAACUUAAAAUUAAAAUAAAGCAAUUAUUAACAACCUU